AUUCUAUUUAUUUAUUUGUAGGUGUUUUUCUACAUAUCUUGGCGGAUACAUUAGGAAGCAUCGGAGUCAUUUCAUCAUCAUUAUUGAUAGAGCACUUUGGCUAUUAUAUCGCAGAUCCAAUUUGUUCUCUGUUUAUUUCAAUUCUAAUAUUCUUAAGUGUUUUACCACUACUAAAACAUUCUUCAUUGGUUUUGUUAUUAAGGGUACCCAGAGCACUUGAAAAGGAAAUAUCUUCAGCUCUUAAUAAGGUAAUGACUGUAGACGGUGUCCUUUCCUAUAGUAAUCAACAUUUUUGGCAACAUUCUGCAGUCAUAAAAGCUGGUACUAUUCAUGUUCAAGUUAAACCGGAUGCUAGCGAACAGAAAAUUAUAAAUCAGAUUCAAACAAUAUUUAAAGACAUUGGCUUUGUUAAUUUUACUGUACAAGUGGAAAAAGAAGAAUAUUUUCAUCAUAUGUCAGGUUUGAGCACUAACUAUCAAACCAUGUUAUCAUCAAUCACAACAAAAGCCACUAGAGAUAUGGCAACAACUGUAAUAAAAGCAAUUUAGAUAUUCUGUUACAAACAUCCCCUUUCUGUUUCAUGUUGCACAAGAUAUCAUCAAACAGAAAUUGUAAGACGAUAAUUUGCCAAAAUUAUGAAUUUAUUAUUAUUAUUUAUAGAACAGUAAUCGGGUUAAUUUCGAAACAAAGUUACAUUGAUUUUUAGCUUUGUUAAUAGUGCUUUUGUACAUAAAAAUAUAUUUAUAUAUGUGUUUAAAUUGUACACUUUGUAACAGUUACAAAUAUCAAUAUAAAUGUUGUAUAGUUCAUAUUAACUCAAUAAAAA